AUGGUAUCGACUUUGCUUCAGUUCAUGCAUACCCUGAUAGCUGGAUGCCACGCAAAUGUUACUGCAAAACUGGAUUUCCUUUCACACUGGUUGGAUUCUCAUAUUAGUGACAGUGAGAAUAUCCUGAAGAAACCUGUUCUGUUUACUGAAGUUGGCUACCCAUUACAUGUGAAAGGCGAAAAUGUUCAUUAUGGUGAUAACUUGAUGGGAACCGUCUAUGAUAAAAUUUUUGAGUCUGCCAAGAAGGGUCAAGCAGGAGCUGGGUCCUUGAUAUGGCAGUUGUUGGUUGAAGGAAUGGAGGAAUUUGGAGACAGAUUUUCUGUUGUAGCAUGGAAUCACCCUUCUACCUAUAAACUGAUUGCAGAACAAUCAUGCAGGCUAAAGAGUAUCAUGUGGAAAAGGAAAUCUGCUGGAGAACUUAAUGGAGAAGAUACUUGCUCCGGUCUUGUGCCUUAG